AGCUGAUUCUGUUAUCUGGCACGUCUUCUGUUGACUGGAUAGCGCUAUUCCUCACAUGCAGCUAGGCUGGGAGGCUGAAAGAAGUUCGAAGCUACUUGCAGAAGCCUUCAUGAAUGGUGGAGUCUGCCUGGCUUAGCAUCACGUCGUCCGAUAGGGUGCCAUGGCAUAAUUCUAUACGACUCAUGAAGGCAAAGCACCUGCAAAAAAGGCCCGAAGUGCUGAGGGCAGACGAGUGGGGGCUUUGGGGUUGGCUAUUAAUGAGCUGGAAUCACACCCUCUCCGCCACCGAUCCCAAGGAUAGCAUCUACGGCUUGCUUGGUCUCACCAACUUGCCCAUCAUUCCCGACUAUAGCCCGGACGUCUCGGUCGCAUCUGUUUACGUCGAAUACUUUGCCCAAUACCUUGCAUUCUGUAAAAGAACAGGACAAGCCAAAGAGCUUGACCUUCUCCCGAUGGCUGGCCUACACAUGACCAAGGGCGCGACUCACCCACUCGCCAAGGCAGACCUACCGACUUGGGUUCCGAACUACCCACACGCAUGGAGAGAAUCCAAUAGGUCGUUCGAGCCGAUCAUAGGAGACGCUGAUAACGGAGUAUUCGGGUUAGAUGUCCCAGGUGCUUCUGUUAGUGGCAAUUGGCACUUGCUGGUAUCGGGCAUUCGAAUCGGCGAGGUAGUUCGCAACCUCACAAAGCCAACACUAUUUGACACUGAACUCAAACUUGUCAAACUUGUCAAACUCAUCGAACAACUGAGAACCAGCAAUAUCAAGUUUCCCAAUGGGAUGACUGCGCAGGAAGCCGUGUUCCGUGCGGUGUUCGAAUCAGGCGGUCGUGGUUCUGCUCUCCUCUUCCAACAUCCCGAAGCUAAAGCCGAGAUGGCUCUCGGCUUCUUGUUUCACUUGAUGUAUGUCGAUCGAGAAUUCGCAGAGGAGCCUUUAGGGCAGCAAAGCCUAUUUGAGCUACUCGGUCUAGCCGACAGCAACAGCAAGGCGUUUAAUAGCAGCAUCUCGGAAGCGUUCCUUUCUGGCCAUGACAUCGAGAGUCCAUGGUUAAACAGGUUCGUGGAGUGGAAUCCAGAGGACGACCUAUCACCUGAGGUCCAUGACCAGGUAAAGUCGGGUGUGGCUGCCUGGGACUGGCGUGACCGCGGGAUGUUGCAUAUUGGGGAAGCUGGGGAUGUUGUGUGUAUACUGAAAGGGUCCUCUGUGCCUGUCAUCUUGAGGAAGACUGGAGAGGAGACAUCGUGGAGCUUGGUUGGCACUUGUUGGGUACCUGGGAUGAUGAAUGGUGAGGCGGAGACGAAGCUGAAUGACGCUUCCGUGAGCGUGGAGAGAUUUGAACUGCAUUGAUCGGGGAUUCCGUGGUCUCGUCAGCAACAUCAAGACGCCAGACUUGAAAGGCCACCGUAAUCAUGUAGCCUC